GUCAUCUGCCUGCAGUUUGACAGCUCAUGAAAUUGUUGUGAAUUGUGAUUUCUGAGUCAUUCCUCUUUCUUGGGAAAGCUAAAAAUUUGUAUAUUAGUGUUUAAAUCAUUUUACAAUUUAAAACAAUUUCGUUGCAGGGCAGAAAAUCUGUCAAUUAGUUCGUAAAAGGAAAUAGCUAUAUAUUUUUAUAAAUGGGUAACGAAAUGUCUUCAUCUGCAAUGGAAAAACAUCUGUUUAAUCUGAAAUUUGCAGUGAAAGAGCUUGAGAGAAACUCAAAAAAUGUAAAAGAAGAAAAGUUAGAAAAAGAAAAAGCUAAAAAGGCAAUCCAGAAGGGAAAUAUGGAAGGUGCUCGGAUACAUGCGGAAAAUGCAAUACGGCAGAAAAACCAAGCAUUAAACUACCUCAGAAUGUCAGCAAGAGUCGAUGCUGUGUCAAGCAGAGUGCAGACAGCACUUACUACAAGAAAGGUCACAAAUUCUAUGGCAGGCGUAGUAAAAGCCAUGGAUGCAGCCAUGAAAUCUAUGAAUCUUGAGAAAAUCUCUACACUCAUGGAUAAGUUCGAGAGUCAGUUUGAAGAUCUGGACGUCCAGUCGUCGUACAUGGAGAAUGCUAUGUCACAAACCACUACAACAACGGUGCCGCAGGGUGAUGUGGACAAUCUGUUGCAGCAGGUGGCUGAUGAAGCUGGUCUGGAACUAAACAUGGAACUGCCGUCUGGUAUCCCGAGCACGUCGGUGGGCACAGCCACAGUCGUGUCACAGGAGCAGGACGACCUCACGCAACGACUGGCCAGGUUGCGGCAAGCGGAGUAACAUCUGAGAUUCUGAACCAUUAGAGUAUCGUGACCGCGUUAUAUCCGACGAAGCAUUCGUCCCUCUAUCUAUCACUUACAUUGUUGGUAAUAAGAGAUGAAUGCUUUAUAUAUGCAGGAUUCUUACUUUCUAUUUGACCAACUAUGCGUGGUGCAUAUCUUUCCGUAGUAUAGAAAAUGAACCGCAGAACGUCUGCCACGUUAUGGCCUAAAUCGGAAUUAAUAACUUAAUACUGUCUCUUUAGACUUUUAAAACGGGGCUCCUUUCCUGAGGGCCAACCGCAAAACACGAAAUUUCGUUAUCUGCCUCGAUCACUUGCAUAUUUGAGCGAUAGAUUUUAAAUUGCAUUUUUCGCGGUACGGCCUCUGUCCCUACAUUUACACGCACGCUUCCCAGGAAAAAAUAAAUUUCCUGCAUUAGAUUUGAACGCGUUUGUGGUAGCUGGUCUGGUGUCUCUGAUUAUUAUAAGGCCGUACUGGGUACUAGUUAUGUAUAAAGCGAGUAUAAGUGGCAAUACAAUCGCUUUGGCGUUGCGUGUGUAUUGCGAUUGUUUUGAUGCUGUAUAAGAUAAUGACUUGAAAAUUUAUAUUGAAUACAUACUUACCUGAAUUUCAAAUCUAUAGGUACUUACAUACUUGUUUUUUUAGUGUUAUUAAUUUUGAAUGUUAAUCGACACGAAAUUAGUUACUUUUUGCGCAACAAAACAAUAAUGUACAGAGUCGUCAAUUAUUAUUUUUAAUUUAAUUGUAUUAAAUAAAAUUUGCUUUAAAUAAAACUUAUCUGUAAAGUUUUAAGUUACAAAAAAUGCUAUUUCACUAUACUAUCUGAAAAAUCUAGUUUAGUUUUUUAUGAAGCUUGUAAAGGUAAGUUUAAUGAAGAAUUAUCGUUUAUUCGUUUUGUAAAAUAGCUUUUAUAAUAUUAUUAUACUGUGAUGAGGUUACUAAA